AUGUCAGGUUCGGGAAACCAAGAACAGGACUUGGGGAGGGAGACCGACGCCGGAAGCCCUAAACUUGCUCUGGCAACCCUGAAUACUCCAAGGAAUCACGCCAAACCUUACGAUCCUCUGGCCCCGCCUCCCAAGCCUGCGUUGGCGUCCGAUCCAAAGCCCAAAGCUUCCGACUCCUACCGCAGUUCCGAUGGGACGGUAUCGUCGGUAUGGUCGAUUUCAAGUGUAUUCUCGUCGUUUUUCAAUGGGGCAAAUUCUGGCACAUCAUCUGCAACCACGUCUCGGACAAAUUCAACCAACUUCGACGAGAUCUCCAAACAAGAUCGGACAUCCAGACCGCCAGUGACAAGUCGAUUUUCUACUUGGACUCUCGAUGUCGCCGAUCAAAGGUCGGGGGAGAAGCCUUAUUCUUCCAUAAAUGCACUUGUGCGAGAAAGUUCUAGGGUUGGUGUGUACGGCGGUUUGGUGGAUAUUUGGCAGAGGAAGAUCAUUCAUGAAGAAUGGCGAGAGCAGUUCUGGAGUAAAGCUGACGACUGCGAGAGCAUUCUUGAGGUUCAGCUAUCCAAAGAAGCAGAGAGCAAUGAUAUUUACAAGGAAAUACCUCCGCCGGAGCCCGCCCUGGACCUUGAUAAGGAAUUGCCUCCAACGCCGGCUUCGACACAGCAAUCUAUAGGUGGAUCAUCGCGACUGGAACUUCCGGUAUCAGCUCCAUCUUCCCCCCGAAAACCACACAUCCGUCCAGCCUCAAGUCUCAGCUCUGCGAACAACCUCAAUCGCAAUGCCUCGCAAGUCUCUUUAUCAAGCACGGCUGAUUCCUUCCAUACUGCCCCGACCCGUAGCCGUGAGCAUUCGGUGACCAGCACUGUCUCAGCCCAACAUGUUACUCAGCACUGCACACACAGUCCUUUUAGUACGAUGCUGUCCGUCGAUUCAAUUGAUUCCCGGAUUGAACGUGACACGGUCUAUCCUCAGAGUGCUGCUGUACAGGGCUCUAACAUCCCAGAAAAUCUCAUUGUACCAGACGGCACGGAUACUCUAGGCAACGUACCCAACACAAGCAUCCCAAACACAGCCCCAGUCAAGACAGAAGGACCCACAAACACGGCAUUGGAUCAUGUCUCAGAUACAAGAAACAGUGGUGCCACCAUCGAUGAGCUGUGUCAGCGCGACGUGAGAAUCUUCCAUCCAACAUUAGAAGUUGCAAUAACGACGAUCGGCAAAAUUGACUGCGGAAGCGAUCAUAGCCAUAUCUCUCCCAAAGCACUUGGAAAGCUCCAAAUUCCACUCGAUUCCAAGCUGAUUCGCCCCACGGUCUAUAAGUACUACACCAACGAGGGUCCAGUCGAGACUACAAGAGGAAGCGUUACCCUCAAUUGGCGGAUAUUCAACGAACCAAAUGGCCACUCAAAGCACGAGAGGAACACGUUUUACAUCGCUUCAGACAAGGCGCCGUACGACGGCCUGCUCUUGGGAAAAGAUUUCUUGUUUCCUCCAGACGGGCCGCCACGCAUGAACUUAUGUCUGAUGAAUAUCACCAUUCCAAAGACAGAAAAGGAAAAGGAAGAGCAAAGAAAAGCACUAGAGAAGCACGAACAGGAGGUCAGGGAGAACGAAAGACUGAAAAAAGAACGACGGGAUGCUGCUCAGCAAGCCGCGGGCUCUUCCUCCAAGACCAAAGACGGUGCAGCUGAAUGA